AUGACAGGUGCGCUCGACCUGAGCUUCGGCUUCAGUGGCCCAGGUGAAUUGCAGCACCAGGACGCUCCCCCAGACCGCUGCGCUGGCCUGGGCCAAAGCACUGGCGGACAGCUCGCCAGGAGCUGCCUGGGGCUGGUGGGUGCUCAGACGCUGAAAGACAUUCGUGCGGGCUUCCAAGCCCAGGUCAGCAAGGAUGUGGAGCAUGCAGAGCACAAGCCGCUGGGAGUCACGAGCCCAUCGAACCUUGCGAUGAAAGCUGCCGAGAGGGUGGUCACGCCGACGCCAGUCUCCCCGACAGCAACACCAAGGGCCGCAGUGACAGAAGCCAUGUUCAGCUUCUCAGAACCACGGGGGAUGUGGUACAGCCUUCUCGUGAACGAUAUGUGCCCGCCGCCGCAAGAGGACCUUAGCAAGGUGAUCUCCCACCGCUGGACCUUCCAAGGCGCUCUGGAGCUCGCGGCGCAGGGCAAGAGCAUCUGCUACUUUAUUCUGUGCCUGCUGGAGAUCCAGAGGAACAUUCAGAUGGAUCAGGAGGACGAAGCCUUGCACCCCAGCCUCUUGGACGCGUGCAAGACCUUCGUGAGAUGCCAGUGCCGAGAAGGCAAAAUGGGGGAGAUGUACCAGGUCCUCACCCACUUCAUAAGCAACUCCUUGAUCUUCUUCGAAUGGGAGAGGUUUCUGAACAAUAUCUUCCAAGAUUCGCGGGCCCACCAAGAGCGCUUCCUGGUGAUGCACCUCGAGCAAGUCUGGACAAGAUACAAGAGGUUGAAAGAGAUUCUUGAGACUAUGUUCGACUACCUCGAUGCAAACUUCACCUGGCGCCAUCGCCUCCCCAAGGUCGGUGAGUUGGUCAGAGAUCAUAUGCGGAGGCCGGACACUUUCUGGCUGUUCGGGCGGUGGAUUUUGUGUUCCGUCUUGCUCACUUGA